AUGAGGAACUUUAAGGAGAUGGGCUCUGCCUCUCGUUGUUUCUCUCUGCAAAACUCGUGCAACGCUUCCUCUGCAACCGGGAUUCUCUACGACCCUCCCCUCGGCUUCCGCUUUCGAUCGCCAAUCAGGAACAUUGUUAGAAUGUCUGCAACUCAAACUGAAAAUACCAGAAUAUCAUUUGAAUCCUUGCCAAUAAAGCCUCCUUCACAUCCCACCUAUGAUUUGUGGGGUAUUAUCAAGUCGGCACUUUCUGAAGAUGCUGGGGAUCGAGGUGACGUGACAUGUCUGGCUACCAUUCCAUCUGAUAUGGAAGUAGAAGCCCAUUUUUUGGCAAAGGAGAAUGGUAUAAUUGCUGGAAUUUCACUUGCAGAGAUGGUGUUUCAUGAAGUGGAUCCUUCUCUGAAGGUUGAGUGGUCACAAAAGGAUGGAGACUCUGUACAUAAAGGCCUAGAUUUUGGAAGAGUUUAUGGACGAGCACACAGCAUUGUUGUAGCUGAGAGGGUAGCACUGAAUUUUAUGCAGAGGAUGAGUGGAGUAGCAACUUUAACUAAGGCAAUGGCAGAUCUUGCAAGCCCUGCACGUAUUUUAGAGACAAGAAAAACUGCUCCAGGUUUACGUUUGGUGGACAAGUGGGCGGUACUCAUUGGCGGAGGUCGAAAUCACAGAAUGGGUUUAUUUGAUAUGGUAAUGAUAAAAGAUAAUCAUAUAUCAAUAGCUGGAGGCAUCACAAAUGCCCUCAAAUCUGUAGACCUGUAUUUAGAGCAAAGGAAUCUCCAGUUGGAGGUUGAGGUUGAGACCCGGACAAUUGAGGAGGUAGACAAGGUAUUGGAUUAUGCAUCUCAAACAAAGACUUCCUUGACCCGAAUAAUGUUGGAUAAUAUGGUUGUCCCACUACCUAAUGGGGAUGUUGAUGUAACCAUGCUUGAACAAGCUGUGAAUUUGAUUGGUCGAAGAUUUGAAACUGAGGCAUCCGGCAAUGUUACUCUUGAAACAGUACACAAAAUUGGACAAACGGGGGUUGACUAUAUUUCUAGUGGUGCACUGACUCAUUCUGUAAAGGCUCUAGACAUUUCCCUCAAGAUUGAUACGGAAUUGGCUCUUCAAGUUGGAAGGCGCACUCGACGAGCAUGA